UUUUUGUCGAUGUCAUUAGUAAUUCGAAGUCAGCCCGAGCUGGUCAUACUCAGGCAGCAACAAUUUUUUGUUUCAUAGUUUGUUUGUGAAAAUUUAAAACUCAACGUCGACGACAACAGCUCGAUUUCCCGCUGCUGACGAAAUCGAUCCAGUCCUACCAUGUCGCAACAACGCUCCACAGAGCAGAUCUCAGCUAGCAACAACAGCACCACCAGCGAUGCAAUCGCACUGGACGACGACGAGGACAUGGAUGUGCAAUUUGUUGCAGCUCUGCGUCCCGACGCACCAGUCAUCGAUCUUUGCCUCUCGCCCUCCACUUCCGCUGCUGCUGCAACGGCCGCAGCUGCGGCGACUGCAGCCCACUCCGGAGGCGGAAGUGGCGAGGAUCCGGCGGUUGGAUCCGCUUCUGGAGCUGCUGCUGCGGCUUCGGAUACUGAUUCACUUGCUUCUUCGCCCGACGAAGCAGCGCUAGCCACCGGCGUGGAUGCAGCGGCAGCCGUUUCUGGCGAAGAUUCCCCCUCUGCAGCAGCCGCUGCCUUGGAGUGUCCCAUCUGUUUGCAAACCUGCAUCCACCCAGCUCGUCUCCCCUGUGGCCACAUCUUCUGCUUUUUGUGCGUGAAGGGUGUUGCUUAUAAGAACCGCCGUUGUGCUAUGUGCCGCCGCGAGAUUCCCGCCGAGUUCCUGGACCAUCCCCAGCUGGUGAAUGGCAUUGAGGACAUCUGCACCACUCGCGCGACCGAGGACGGCUUCCAGUGGUAUUACGAGGGAAGAAACGGUUGGUGGCAGUACGAUGACCGCACUAGUCAGGACAUCGAAGAUGCCUUUAAGAAGGGCGACAAAUCCUGUACAAUUUUGGUAGCCGGCUACGUCUACAUUGUGGACUUGGAGCAGCUAGUCCAGCAGCGCCAGAAUGAGCCCACUCGCUGCCGGAGGGUUAAGCGAGACCUAGCCACCAUACCCAAAAAAGGCGUGGCCGGUCUGCGGAUCGAAGGCAACCAGGUGACCAGCGACACCGUCUUCAGCAGACCAACGAACACAGCCAAUCCAACCACUGUGGCAGCAGCUGCCUCCAGUUUCAUAUCCACCAUAGCAGCCACAGAUGCGGCCAUUAGGAUCGCUAGCGACAUAAUUGGCUCCACGCUGGCUCAUGCAGAUGAACUAACUCGGGGACUCACGGCUAGCAAUCUCAGCAACGACGAUCUCAGCAGCAGCGGUGAGCAAUCCAACUCCACAAAUUCAAACGAUGCAGGGCGCUCGCCUGCCUCCUCGCCUGCCUCAAGUUCCAUGGAGGAUCUGAUCACGCGUGACCUGAGGAACACCCAACAGGUGAUUGCCCACAACCAGCACACCAUCGAUCUCUUCGAGCAGGCCUUGAACGACUUUCAGGCGCUGGCCAUGCGCAACUAUGUUGACUCCAGCGAUGAGGAGAACAACGACCAGGAUCAGGAGCAUGAGCUGCGGGAACGGGAGCAGCUGGAGGCGGGCGAGCAGCCACAGUCCAACGAUAAUCCCCAGAGAUUUUAGGAAUAAUCUACUUAGCAGAAAGCUUAUUUUGUUGCUCGCCUAACCGAUACAUUUAGAGAAAAGAUCAAUGUUCCUUUAAGCAGAUUUCGAUAUACGGAAGGGGAAUGUUAACUAGAGAAAUGCAGCGCGUACCUGAGAAUAUAUCAACUAACAUAUAUAACCAUAGGCUCAGAGCGUUGGGCGUCGAACAGGAAAAGAAAUAGAAAAGAAUGUCUACAGGGUAAACAAACAUAUUCCUUAAAACAUAAAAUCAGAUAUUGAAACAUAGACGUUACAGCAGAAACAUAAAUAAUCUAUUUAAUACGAUAUUCAACUUUCCCCAAAUAAAAAGCAAAAGGAUGGUUAUCUUAGUAGGAAAUGGAAAGAUCAUUAGUGGCAUUGGUUGAAUUCAUUUGUGUGGCCUGUAAUGCUCUAAGUAAUCUCUGUAACACCUCCGAAUAGGAUAUCUCUGAAUUCCCCUGUACAUAAUAAUUACAAAAUCAAGAGUUCUACAAGAAUCCAGAAAAAUAACCCUCCCUAUGGUCUCAUUUGCAAGCUGGCAAAAGUAAAUAAAAGCUCCACCAAGAAAGAGUAGUGUGAAAAAGACAAUAUUUGUGAAUUGGGAUUAACUAGACAUGGGAGGUCAAUUAGUAGAAAGUUCCCACUCACAUAAUUGAUAUUCAGUGCGUUUCUUAAAUCGGAAUCGUUUAAGGCAUUUGACUUACUUUCCACAGUAUCCUUGUUCUUAGAUUUAAAUUAAUCCAAGAUGUUUUCGAAACGCACUGUGGUUAUCAGAUUAUCAGAUGCAGUAUUAAUUAUUAAGUCGCCGUUAAGUGCGUUAAACAAAAACCAUUCUGUGACAGUUGAAUAUAUUGAUAUUUUGUAUACUCUAAGUUGCUUUAAAUAAUAGAUUUAAAGGAAAAUUGUUAGUCAGAUUAAGACCUAAUGUUGUAUACUACUAUGUGCUACGGACACGAUAUACGCCCGAUUUAAUAAUCUCAAUUUUGUGACUACUAUUUUAUAGAUUCGUUUCCGAUAUGUACUCCGCCAUUACUUCUAACAGCGAAGUGCGUAUUCGUUGCUUCCCUAAUAUCUACGAUAUACCUAAAGCUCUACUGAACCCGACUCCCGACUUCGACAAAACCCCUCCUGGUAAUAUCAACAGCAGUUUUAAAAUUAUACCUCACAUUGAUUCUUCAUGGAGAUUUCACCGCAACCUCAUAAUUUCUGGCAUUUUUCAUUUCGCAUUUCAUUGUUUUUUGAUAACAUUUGCUAUCCCAUAACUGACAAUGAAUGAAAUGGUCUCAAUUACAAUAAUUUGCAUUGCAUAUCUGGAAUACACCUCUUCUCCUUUCGAUAUGGUUUUCCUAUCCUAUAUGGUGGCAGUUUCUAAACAAUUCGAUUCGUACUUAAUAAUCAUUUAGCUUUUCAACACUUAAAUCAAAACCAAAUGUGCCAAGAAACAUUUAUUGAACAGCACUCGCUCCGGUAUUUUUGACAGCACUGAUAAAGGCAACUCUAAUUAACAGCACGUAGCAUUUUCUGUCGUCUAAUCUAAUUACAUUUAAUUAUUGAAUUAAGCAUUUACAACUUAGUUUAUACAAGAUGUUAAGUAAUAGAUAUUGCUGAAUCCGAUAAAUGUCGAUUAAAGAUCUGGUAAGAAUAGCUCCUAAGACAUGUAUUUAAGUUGGGCAAUAAACAAACCACAAGACCUGUGUAAAAUAUUAUUAUUUAUAAGCUCGCUUGCCUGCGAAUGGAAGUAAUAAAUAUUUACAUUUUUCAUUUCAA